UUCUCAAUACACACAUCUAAACUUCAACAUGAACCCUUUGAUCUUGGUCACCCUUUUGGUUGCGGCCGCUUCGGCAGCACCUACCAAUUUGGUCAAUCCCGCCGUGCCAUGCGCUCACGGAGUUGCCGCUGUGGCUUACGCCGCUGCACCAGUCCCGGCUGCCCUGACAUACGCCGUCCCUGAGCCCGUACAGGUUGCUGUUCAACCCCAAAUCACAUACGACUUCCCAGCACCAGUGUCAGCUCCUGCUCCUGCCCCAGUUGCAAUUGCUGCUCCAGUUGCCGUAGCUGCACCUGCACCCGUUAAAGUUGAGUAUGACUUCCCUGCUCCCGUUUCUGCUCCAGUCCCAGCUCCCGUCGCUGUUGCUGCCCCAGCACCACUCACUUACGCUGUUCCAGCACCAGUCCAGGUUGCAGCUCCAGCUCCAGUUCAGGUCGCUGUCGCACCAGUUCAUGUUGUCCCACACGCCUUUGAGACCCGCGUCCACUACGCCGAGACUCCCGUUGUCGUCGGACAAACUGCCCACAUCAUGAAGCCCAACUUGGGAGCUGGUGCCCAUGUCACCAACUAUGACUUUAUGGGACUCGCUCAGACCAAAGGAGCCGCCCAGGAAUCCUACGUCCAGAAAUCGAAAGUCUUGGCCCCGGCUCGCAGCGUCUCCGAGAUUACUCCACAGGUGACCGUCCAGCACCCGACCAAAGUCAACGUGGAAAAAGUGGCCGUCGAUGUGCCCGUAGCCGCUCCCUACGCUCAGCCUGUCCCUGUUCCAGUGGCUCCUCAAUACGAAAUCCACCAAUACCAUCACGCCGUUGCCACUCCCGCUGUCCAUAUGGUCAACGGUGUUCCAUGCGCGGAACACAAGAAGACCUAUUAAUUUUCCUUUUUUGUAAACACGUCUAUAAUUGACUCUUUAAAUCUCGUGAACGAUUUCAAUGGAAUAUGUUAUGUUAACACCGGAAUACACGAAUCUCGAAUG